AUGGAUGCCACUGACGGGGCAGCAGGAAAAGCCAAGGCCAAACGACAAUGGAAGAAGAUCGACCCGGGGCAGAUCCUGGACAUCCAGUCUUACGAGGAGCAGCGAAAGGGCAGCGAAGUGAAAGGUAAAGGAAAAGGAAAUGAAAAGGGCAAAGGCCGUGGUAAUGGAAAAGGAAUGUCAGAGAAUGGCGAGGGCAAAGGUAAAGGCAAAGGAGGAAAGCAUGCAAGCAGGGAAGAGGACCCGAACGUCGAAAGCACCGAUCCUAGUGGAGAUCUGAGGCCGCGACCGCCACGUGAGGGAGCUUAUGGCCAGCCGGGCCUCGGUUCUCUCGGCGAUCCGAUGGCCGGUGGCCACCAGCGACAGAGCUACCCGCGAGGUGGGCCCAGCCCCAAAGGCGGCCGCCGCGAGCGCGACGGCAAGGGCAAGGGCCGGCGGUCGAAGGGUGGAUUCCAAUCACCUCAAGGCGCGAGUAGCUUCCAGGCCGAAGAGCCGCAAAACGCGCAGGUCGCGACGCCAGAAGCGCGGCCGUCACAAGCGCCGUCGCAGGUAGCUCCUGGCACCGCCCACAUGGCAGGUGGUCCUUUUCAUGCAGCUGUUGGCAAAGGAGGCGCAGGCAUGGGUGGCUUCAUGCCAGCACCUAUGCAGGAAGGGGCGAUGAGCUUUCAGAUGCCACAGAUGCAGAUGUUUCCACCCUACAUGGCAGGCAUGGGCGGUAUGCCAUACAUGGGCUACGCGCCAGAAAUGAUGCCAUGCAUGUCCUCCACGGCGGCGACCGCGAGUCCUCAGAGAAAUGACUUGGUGACCAAGGCCAAGUCGCAGAUUGAAUACUACUUCAGUGUGGGUAACCUCGUGAAAGAUAUCCAUCUGCGCAAGAACGUCAUGGACACCCAGGGCUGGGUCAGCUUCUCCGGGCUGAUCCAGUUUCCGAAGCUGGCGCAACUCACAGGCGAUCCGACCAUCAUCCUCGAUGCGAUCCAUGCCUUGCCGCAACUGGAGAUGAAACCAGAUAACAGCGCUGUUAGACUCAAGGACAACUGGCAGAAGUGGGUCUGGCAACAAGGUGAUUGA